ACAUAAAGAGGAGGGCCGCAGAUAGAAAUCAAAAACAAGGAAGCGAGAAGGGCGGCUGUGCAUGAAAAUAUCCUGUUUGUGUUGUCACAACCUGGCUCAACAGAGCAGUGACAAAAGAGGGAGACCACACAUAUUCAAAGGUUGCUGGAGCUCAGUGAGUGCAGAGCAGAGCAGAGCAGAGGGAAGAUGGAGCAUGUCACUUUCCCGCCACUGCCCCGUGUUGCCAUUUGCGGUGGCACCCAUGGAAAUGAGAUGUCGGGUGUGUGCAUGGUGAGAGAGAUGCAGAAACAGAAUGCAGAUCAGGCUGCAUCUGUUUCUAUAACCACCGUCCUGACAAACCCACGGGCUGUGGAUGCCUGUCGAAGAUACGUAGACACAGAUCUCAACCGCUGUUUCACAGAUGCCUUACUGAGCACCUCUAUCACGGACUCCACAGCCUACGAGUUGAGAAGAGCCCAAGAGCUGAACACUCAGCUCGGUCCUAAAGGAAGUGAAAAGGCUGUGGAUAUGCUCUGUGACAUCCACAACACCACCGCCAACAUGGGCCUGUGCCUCAUCUUUUUCUCCAUAGACUGGGUCACCCUGCACAUUUACAAAUACAUACAGAGCAAGAUUACCUCCACCCCCGUGAGAGCAAUCCAGCUGGACAUACCUCCUUCUGAGGCUUAUUCCCUGGAGGCAAUGGGCAAACAUGGCUUUGCCAUCGAGGUUGGUCCUCAACCCAACGGUGUGGUCAGAGCUGAUAUCUUUAACACAGUGAAAGAGGCCGUGGACCUGACAAUAGAGUGGCUUCAGCGAUUCAAUUCUGGAUGUACCUUUGAAGGAGGGACAGUGGAAGCAUACACUCCUGUGAAGAUCAUAGACUACCCCAGGGAUCCUACAACCAGUGAGAUUACUGCUGCCAUACACCCACAGCUGCAGGAUAAUGACUUCAAGCUUCUCAAAGCAGGCGACCCCAUAUUCAUGUCAUUUUCUGGGGAAACAGUGAAGCAUGAGGGAGAAGAGCUCUACCCUUUCUUUGUAAAUGAAUGUGCCUACUACGAGAAGAAGAUUGCUUUCCAUUUAUCAAAGAAGAUCACUUUGACCUUGCCCUCCAUAAGUGUAAAGACGGACUGAGUUACGAAGACAAAAGGAGACCAAGAUGUAUUGUAGCUAGAUUUUAGAUAGCAAUCACGCAAAAAAUAAAUCAAUGCACUACAGGAUAUUUUUUGAAUCACCUCAAAUGAGUAAAUGCAAAAAGUGAAGCGUAGGUGCCAGACGCGAUCACAUGAUUUUAUACAUAUAAUAUAGCAAUCCAAUGCAGGGCUCUCUAAGAGUUCAACCUCUGUGAGGUAUACCAAAGUUGUUUUUUACUUGAUUUAAUGUUCAUGUACAGAUGUUGGAGUAAUGAUCCUCUAACUCCUGUUUUUGUAAGUCGACCAGGGUAUUGAUUCUUUUGAAGUGCAGAAAUAAUGCACAACUCUGUGUUUGAAUCAAUGUGACCCUAAUGGUGGAUGGUGUGUUGUGGGCUGGAUUUUACAAGGUUGAAAGAUUUCACCAGUUGAGAAAUAAAAUAAAUGUGGUAAAAUAAAUGUA